GCGAGGAGAGAGCAGCCGCACAUCGGCAGAUGCAGCCGCGCAUGUAACAUCGCACAACAUGGUUGUACUCAAUACCGUGAGAUCUCCGUGCAUCGCGGAGAAUGCCGAGGAGCAGCAGCCUUCAGAAUGGACUGAAAAGGAGGAUACCCUAGACAUCAGGAUGCCGGCUGCAGCCGGAGACGGACUCGGCGAGUCUCCCUCCCGGUUCCUGGUCGGGGAGAAGCCGCCGCCGCUGCUGCUGGAGGAGACCUUCCUGCCCUCCUGCGUGAGCAACGUGUCCCGGGACACCCUGCGCACCUUCCAGCACACCAAGCGGGUGGGCAACUACCUGAUCGGCAGGAAGCUGGGCGAGGGCUCGUUCGCCAAAGUCAGAGAGGGGCUGCAUGUGGUGACCGGCGAGAAGGUGGCUGUCAAAGUUAUCGAUAAGAAGAAAGCCAAGAAGGACACGUAUGUGACCAAGAACCUACGCAGGGAGGGACAGAUCCAACAGAUGAUCCGGCAUCCCAACAUCACCCAGCUUCUCGACAUUCUAGAAACCGAAAAUAGCUAUUACUUGGUGAUGGAGUUGUGCUCCGGCGGGAACCUCAUGCACAAGAUCUACGAGAAGAAGCGGCUGGAGGAGAAUGAAGCCCGUAAAUACAUCAGGCAGCUGAUUUUGGCUGUGGAGCACCUGCACCGGGCAGGGGUUGUACACCGAGAUUUGAAGAUUGAAAAUCUGUUGCUGGAUGAGAACAACGACAUCAAGCUGAUUGAUUUUGGAUUGAGCAAUUGCGCCGGUAUUCUGGGCUACACCGACCCCUUCAGUACUCAGUGUGGGAGUCCGGCCUACGCGGCCCCGGAGCUACUGGCAAGGAAGAAAUACGGGCCGAAGGUGGACGUCUGGUCUAUUGGCGUGAACAUGUAUGCCAUGCUAACGGGCACGCUGCCAUUCACCGUGGAGCCGUUCAGCCUGAGGGCUUUGUACCAGAAGAUGGUUGACAAAGACAUGAAUCCUCUACCCACCCACCUCUCUCCAGCUGCUGCAAGUUUCCUCCGGUCUCUGCUGGAACCAGAUCCCAUUAAAAGGCCAAACAUUCAGCAGGCGUUGGCCAGUCGCUGGCUUACAGAUAAUUACCACGGGAAGGGGCAGCACACGGUCACGUACCCUAACAGGAUCCACCUGGAGGAUCUCAGUCAGAAUGUGGUGCUCCACAUGUCCGAGAAGCUUGGCUAUAAACACAGCGAUGUCAUCAAUGUCAUACUCUCCAACCGCGCAUGCCACGCGCUCUCCGUGUACUUCUUAUUAAACCGGAAGCUGGAGCGUUAUUUAACAACCAUGAGAAAAACCGACAUUAAUGACAACGUUUGCCACAAAAGUCAGUUACAUCAAAGCGAAAAGUACAGGAUGAACAAGAACUCGUACGAGGAAAGAAAAUCUAAAGAUUCAGAAAAGAGACCAGACCUUCAGCAGAGGGGAGCUCAGAAAAAGGUGGAAAAAAGCUCUCCUUCCCACAGACAGAGCUCCUGUCUCGGCACGCAGAUCUACAACGCCAAAGGUCCCCUUAAGGAGAGGAGAUCCUCCAAAUCAGAGAGGGAAUCCAUUGGAGGAUUGAGCCCGUUCCAUGAGGUCAGGCUGAGUAAGAAGGGAUGCAUAACUUCUUGUUCUCUGGAAUAUUUAGAACUUCAGAGUCCAGAUCCGAGAACCCCCAAGAUUAUGAGAAGACAAGACUCCCACUCCCAGGAGGCAGUAAACAUGAACAUGGGAAGCCGUUUGAGAGAUACCCACAUGAAUGUUGUGAGAUCCUUUGAAUCUGUCAACAGGGAGGACCAGAUUGAAUCUUCAUCACCCUCCCACCAGUACAGAGUGAUAGGAUCCCCGGUAUCUUUCUCUCCGAGGCACUCAAGUGAAAGGACACUGUCUCCGAUCUUCCAGUUUGACAACACAACCCCCGUGAAAGCUCAUUCUAACCAAGCUUCCUUCACGUAUGAUGAUAAAAGCAGCCCAUCUAGCUCAGAAUCCAUGUCUCCAACGUCCCCUUAUUCACCAUCGGGCAACAAUAACGUUUCAGGGAACUUGGGUAGCCCCAACUGUGUACGCAGCAAGGGUAGAUUUCCAAUGAUGGGGAUUGGACAGAUGUUGCGUAAAAGAAGCCAAGUCAUAUCACCCAAAAUGGAGAAACCUCUGGAAUCUAGAAUGCCCCCGUUGCACCAGAUGAGCCCGGGAUAUGCCAGUUUUAACUCCAAUGAUACCAAUGGAUUUUGCUAAUGAGGUAUAUCGGAGAGACUAUGCUUUCUACGUGUUGGGCAUACAGAGGGCCGGCUCACUUUAAGAAAGGUUACUGUCUGUUUAUGACUUUUUUAUCACUAAGGACACGGUUUGGAAGGUUGUUAUUGGAAGGUGUUUGCAUUCUUGCCAAAACACAUCUAGUACUCUCGAACUAAGGGAAUCCAUUUAAGAUGUGCACCAACGGACCUAUAAAGAACAUGCUAGGUUGUACAUUUAUGGUGACGUUACAUGUCCUCUUUUUUUCUGGACACUCUGAGAAAUUUUUUUUCCCUGAAAGGUUACAAUGAAAAUACUGGACUCCUCAAACUACCUAGAGAGCUUUUUGGAGCAUAUUUUUCUUUUAAUAAAACUGAUUCUUGAUUUGUUGCA